CUCGCCUACACUGUCGCACAAAGUUCGGAUAGAAUUAAAGAGAGAGAGCUGAAAAUGUUUUGUGGUCGCACAUGCUGUCUGUUCUGCCUGUUCAUGAGCUCCUGGGGCUUCAUAAUGCUGAAUGUGCUGGGCAUCUUCUUCUACGUCCAGUCACUGAUGCUCCUGGAGUCGUUGCCCUUGGAGCACCAGUUCAACAGUAUGGAGAGCUUCAAGGAGCAGGCAGACGAGGCCUUCCAAGACGUGUCCACCCGGUGCUUUGUGACCGCCAUCGUCUAUCUGGGAUUCGUGUUCAUUGCGAUAGUGGCCAUCCGCCGGGAUAACAAGCGGAGGAAGCGUCUCUACAAGCGCGGUGCCAUGCGAGCCCGUCGUUGAUUUGUGUGCUCCAAUGAUUGGU